AUGAACUCUAGCACAUUAACCCUAAUUUUCUUCUUAAUAUCUUCAUUAAUCCCACAUUUUCUUCUCACAUUAUCAUCAUCAUUCUCAUUCUCAUUACCCUUUAGCAAUCAAGGAGAAUGGCGAUUAUUACAACCAACCAUUGGAAUCUCAGCCAUGCACAUGCAACUUAUACACAAUGACAAAAUCAUCAUUUUCGAUCGAACCGAUUUCGGCCCUUCAAAUCUACCUCUUUCCAAUGGCAAUUGUCGAAUGGAUCCAUUCGAUACCGCCCUUCAAAUCGAUUGCACUGCUCACUCCAUUCUUUACGACAUUUUAACCAACACCUUCCGGUCCUUAACUGUACAAACAGAUACAUGGUGCUCCUCAGGUUCUGUCCUCCCAAACGGUACAUUAGUCCAAACCGGUGGUUUCAACGACGGAGAACGUAGAAUCCGAAUGUUUACACCAUGUUUCGAUAAUACUUGCGAUUGGAUCGAGUUCCCGAGCUACUUAUCCGAAAGAAGAUGGUAUGCAACAAAUCAAAUACUACCGGAUAGCCGCAUUAUCAUAAUCGGAGGUAGAAGACAAUUCAACUACGAAUUUGUUCCUAAAGAAACAACAUCUUCUUCAUCAUCGUCUUCAAUUCAUCUUCCAUUUCUUCAAGAAACCAAUGAUCCAAGCGAAAACAACUUAUAUCCUUUCGUUCAUCUUCUGCCAAACGGAAACCUUUUCGUAUUCGCAAACACACGAUCUAUAUUACUAGAUUACAAAAACAACGUGAUCGUUAAAGAGUUUCCCGAGAUUCCAGGUGGUGAUCCUCAUAACUAUCCAAGUUCAGGUUCAUCUGUUCUUCUUCCGCUCGACGAAAACCAAGCCACCAUUGAAGCUAUAGUCAUGAUUUGUGGAGGAGCGCCUCGUGGUUCAUUCGAAGCUGCUUCGAAGCAAAACACAUUCGUGAAAGCACUUACAACAUGUGGAUUUCUCAAAGUAACUGACUCAAACCCUAGUUGGGUUAUGGAGGAAAUGCCAAUGGAAAGAGUUAUGGGAGAUAUGUUAAUUCUACCAAACGGCGAUGUUAUCAUAAUCAACGGCGCUGGAUCGGGGACUGCUGGUUGGGAAAACGGGCGUCAACCGGUUUUAACACCGGUGAUUUUCCGUUCAUCGGAAACUGAGUUAUCGAAACGGUUUAGCGUGAUGUCACCGGCUUAUAGACCUAGGCUUUAUCAUUCUUCUGCAGUGGUGUUAAAAGAUGGAAGAGUUUUAGUUGGUGGUAGUAAUCCACAUGUAAACUACAAUUUCACUGGAGUUGAAUUUCCAACUGAUUUAAGCUUAGAAGCGUUUUCUCCACCGUAUUUGUCGCCGGAGUUUUAUCCGAUACGGCCAACGAUUCGACAUAUCACCAACACUAUAUUAGGGUAUAGGGUUUUCUAUUAUGUUACAUUUACCGUAGGUAAUUUUGGUUCGGCGAGCGAUGUUUCGGUUAGGUUAUUGGCGCCGUCGUUUACCACACAUUCUUAUGGAAUGAAUCAGAGGAUGGUGGUUUUGAAGUUGAUUGGGAUAACAAUGGUGAAUUUGGAGACUUAUUAUGCUACUGUUUUGGGUCCAUCUACUCAAGAGAUUGCACCACCGGGUUAUUAUCUUUUGUUUUUGGUGCAUGAGGGUGUGCCUAGUUUUGGUGAAUGGGUGCAACUCAUGUAA